AUGUCUCCUGAGCCCUUUGGUUCCUUUGGUUGGAUCUGCCGCCACACCACACUGCCGCAGUGCAACCUCUUGUUCACUCAAAAGUGGAACAACGGCAGCGACGUGACGGCCCUCUUCCCAUCAACCUCGGACUUCUUUGCUCGCUACAAUGUGACGAGCACAAGCCUCUUUGACGACACCAACGUCCAGCUCGCCCGUCUGCAGGCUGGCAAUGGUUUUGGCGCCAUGUGCGAGAUCCCACACGUCGGCCAGCGCGGAAGUGUCGGUGAUGUCGUCCUCGUCGUCAUGUCCUUCCUCUCGAUCCUCCUCUGUGCCGGCCUCGUCUACUACUCGCGCCACCGCAAGGCCGCCGUCGGCCGGUUGGAAAUGGCCAUCUUCCUCGGAGGCUUUGCGCUCUUCUCUGCUCUCCAGGCCGUGACCAUGAGCUCCAUGCUCGAACAGGGCGGACAGGCGCUCACGAUCCUGUCUGCUAUCGAAUGCGGCAUGAUUGCGGGUCUCGGAUGGCUCCUCUUGGGUAACGCGCUGGUCGCGACCCAGCUAGUCGAAGACGCCACCAUCUCGUCACUCCUGCCUACCAUUGGUCUCGCGGUCAUCACCUUUGCCGGAACACUGUACAUCUCCCUGGCCACAGGCUUUGGGUAUGAGUCGGUGUUUGACGUGCACGACGCGACCACCCUCAAGAGCACCCCGCUGUUUGUCCUCACGCUCAUCUGGCCCGCCGCCGCCGUCGUCUUCUACAUCAUCGCCAUGGUUUGGGUCAUCUUUGACCUCGACGAGCUGAACCCUGCCAUCUGCCUCGGCGCCGCGACGGCCAUCUUUGCCGCUGGCCAGGUCGUCUUCUUCCUCGCCAACGAGCCCCUGUGCAAGGCCGCAAGCGGCAAGGUCAACGCCACGUUUAUUACCGCUAUCACUAACAACGCCGCCAUUGUCAUCAUCUUCUUCAUGUGGAACCUCAUCACAGAAGGCGAAUGGUUUGACGACUUUUAUUAA